AUGGUCUUGGAACUGAAUCAGGUGAUUAUUCCCACUUAUGGAACUGUGACAGAUCAGCAGAACCUUCAUACUCCUGAAUGGGCUGAUUUUGAUGAUAAGCCUGACUCCUUGUUCUUCAGUGAUGGGCAGCGAAGAAUUGACUUUGUUUUGGUGUAUGAAGAUGAAAGCAAAAAAAUGACUCACAAGAGGAGUGAUCGUAAAAAGCAAAAGAGGAAGAGACAAGUAUACGAAUCAAACCUGAUAAACAACGGCUUGCAACUUGAAGCAACGAGAUCGGUUUUGGAUGAAAAACUUGUUUUUGUGAAAGUGCAUGCACCUUGGGAAGUGCUGUGCACAUAUGCCGAGGUUAUGCACAUCAAAUUGCCUCUGCAACCCAGUGACCUGAAAACCCGAGACUCAGCUUUCAACUGGUUUAGUAGACUCUUCAGAGUGGAUGAAAACAUUAUCAAACCUGAGCAAGAGUUUUUCACUGCCCCUUUUCAAAAGGAACAUUUGUCCAACUUUUAUAUUCAAGACAAAGACACCUUUUUCAAUCCUGCAACUAGAAGCCGAAUUGUUCAUUUUAUCCUGUCCCGUGUGGAAUAUGCAACUAAAAACAAUGUGAAAAAGUUUGGCAUUAACAAAUUACUGGACACUGGAAUCUACAAAGCAGCAUUUCCCCUUCAUGACUCCAGUUUUAGGCAUCCGUCAACCGAUCCCAACUGCCCAAGUGAACGAUAUCUUCUCUACAGAGAAUGGGCUCAUCCUAAAAACAUUUUCAAACUACAACCCCUGGAUUUCAUCAGGAAAUACUAUGGAGAGAAAAUUGGAAUCUACUUUGCUUGGCUGGGCUUUUACACUAACAUGCUGAUCGUAGCUGCGGUUGUAGGAGUUGGCUGUUUUCUGUAUGGAUGCCUGACAAAGGACAACUGCACAUGGAGCCAAGAAGUAUGUGAUCCCAACAUAGGAGGUAAUAUCAUAAUGUGCCCUCAGUGUGAUAAAGUAUGUACCUACUGGAACCUCACCAUCACUUGUGAAUCAUCCAAGAAACUCUGUAUAUUUGAUAGCUUUGGAACACUGGUGUUUGCAGUAUUUAUGGGAAUAUGGGUUACUCUGUUUUUGGAGUUUUGGAAGCGACGGCAGGCUGAACUGGAGUAUGAGUGGGACACAGUUGAGUACUUAGAGCAAGAAGAACAAGUUCGCCCAGAAUAUGAAGCUCAGUGUACUCAUGUAGUAAUGAAUGAAAUCACACAGCAAGAAGAACAUGUGCCUUACACUGCCUGUGGGAAGUGCAUACGGAUGACUUUCUGUACAAGUGCAGUUUUCUUCUGGAUUCUUUUGAUUAUUGCUUCAGUUAUUGGAAUCAUCGUCUACAGGCUCUCAGUUUUCCUGGUGUUUUCUGCAACGUUGUCACAGCACAUUAACGGAACGGAGGCGAUCCGCAAGUACCUGACUCCGCAGACAGCCACUUCAGUAACUGCUUCGCUCAUCAGCUUUAUAAUCAUUAUGGUUCUCAAUGUCAUCUAUGAAAAAGUGGCAAUUCUGAUUACUGACUUCGAGCUUCCAAGGACACAGACUGAUUAUGAAAACAGUCUGACCACAAAGAUGUUCUUGUUCCAGUUUGUCAACUACUAUUCUUCAUGUUUCUACAUAGCCUUCUUUAAGGGUAAAUUUGUAGGUCACCCUGGAAAUCCAGUUUAUUGGCUAGGAAAGUAUCGCAAUGAAGAGUGUGAUCCAGGCGGAUGUCUCCUCGAACUCACAACUCAGCUUGCCAUCAUAGUAGGAGGUAAAGCAAUCUGGAACAACAUUCAAGAAGUGCUCCUUCCUUGGGUUAAGAAUCUGAUUGGAAGAUACUGUGCAGCCGCUAGAUCAGAAAAAGUUGUUCCACGUUGGGAACAGGACUACCACCUGCAGCCCAUUGGAAAACUUGGCCUGUUUUAUGAGUAUCUUGAAAUGGUCAUACAGUUUGGCUUUGUCACCCUGUUUGUGGCGUCGUUUCCCCUGGCUCCUCUUCUGGCUCUUAUUAACAACAUGUUGGAAAUCCGGUUGGAUGCGUGGAAGCUGACGACACAGUUCAGGCGCAUGGUUCCACAGAAGGCACAAGACAUCGGCGCCUGGCAGCCCAUCAUGCAAGGCAUAGCCAUUCUGGCAGUGGUCACCAAUGCUAUGAUAAUUGCAUUUACAUCUGACAUGGUUCCUCGUCUGGUUUAUUACUGGUCCUUUUCAGUCCCUCCUUAUGGGAGUCACAGUAGUCACACUAUGAAAGGGUAUAUAAACAGUACGCUUUCUGUCUUCAACAUAUCAGACUUCAAGAAUGCAAGCAAGCCAUUUUCUCCUUGGUUUGGGAAUCAAACGACAUGCAGAUACCGGGAUCUCCGCUAUCCUCCUGGUCACCAGCACCAAUACGAGCAUAACAUAUACUACUGGCAUGUCAUUGCAGCCAAGCUGGCUUUCAUCAUUGUCAUGGAGCAUGUCAUAUACUUUGUGAAGUUUAUUAUUUCAUACGUCAUUCCAGAUGUAUCACAAAAGACCAAGAGCAAGGUCAAACGAGAGAAGUACCUAACACAGAAACUCUUGCAUGAGAACGAUCUCAAAGUUGUGAAAAAAACCAUGGGGAAAAUAGCUGACAAAAUUAUCGAAGGAGUAGGCGGCACCUUCCGACCUAAAGCUGAAUAA